UCGCGCACCAGCAGCGACCCAAGACGGCAGUGCAUUUACCUUCCUCCCUCCCUACAGCAUCAACCCUUCUUCGACUUUUCUACAGCACCCUCGCCAUCUCUACGAGUCCAGUCCAGCGUUAUCCCUUUACUCUACAAUCUCAGUCCUAAGUCGCCCCUCCCUCUGCGAGGUGUCUUAAAUCGCACUCUCCUUCUGCGGGUUCACCACCUUCACUUUGGACUUCGUCAGAUUCAUCGUGUUUUCCCCUCCAUACGAAUCUGUAGUUAGGACUAACAGCCUGUAGCUCGUACAUGAAGUAUCGUUAAGAAUAUAUCCGAAAAGCAACCGGGGCCAUCGGUUUCCUGCUACAAGCACCCUUAUCAACACUACCCGCGUCACUCCGACUCAUCACUCUGAGCACCGCCGUGGACAGUGGUCGUACAGUACCCCUGCUGCAGCACAGACAGAGGCAGUGGUGCCUAUUCUUACUGAGUGAGGCAGUGCGGGCGUGGGCAGCGGGCGUGCAACCCUCCCUCAACCCUUGGGCUAUUUUGGUGUCUAGGCUGGCGCCGCGUCACCGCACCUCAGUUUGCUUCUGACCCGCAAGCGGCGUGGAUACUUUGCCGCGACUAGUGCAGUGAUGCUGUGAUAACUCGACGCCUCCAAUAUCAGUGGAAAUAGGUGAAGAUAACAGCGCAGAUUGCCCCUUCCAGUAGUCUUGCAGGUGCACAGGAAAUCAUAUCCGUCGCAUGCCACACAUUACCACAAGUUGUUAAUGCCACCCGCACACAUUAGUCCAUUUGGACUACAUAGCUGACAAUUCACGGCUGCCGAGUUACCUUCUACUCUAGUGCGAAACACUUGCAAUACUCUUCGAAUUUGGCGCGAGUGAGUUGUAGCGAGGUUGGUGUAGCGAGGCUCCGCCCAGCGCCCCUCCCCCGGUUACCGCAGCAGCAGCAGCAGGAUCAGGUGGGUCCAGGAUGUACAGCCCAGGUGCAGCAGAGUACUGCCAGGCAGGGCAGGAGGAGGACGAGAUGGCUGCCACAGAACGGGAGCUCGCUGAGGAUGCUCAGUGGAAGAGAAUACAGCAGAACACCUUCACCAGGUGGGCUAACGAACACCUCAAGUCCGUCAAUAAACACAUCGGGAAUUUGGAGACUGACCUUAGCGACGGCUUGAGGCUCAUCGCGCUCAUCGAGGUUCUCUCAGGCAAACAACUUCCCAAACACAAUAAACGACCCAAUUUCAAAAGUCAGAAGUUGGAGAACGUGUCCGUGGCUCUACAGUUCCUCGAAAGGGACGAAAAUAUCCGCAUCAUUAAUAUAGACUCUUCAGAUAUCGUGGACUGCAAGUUGAAGUUGAUCCUGGGGUUGAUAUGGACUUUGAUCCUCAACUAUUCCAUCUCAAUGCCCAUGUGGGAUGGUGAGGAACAGGUGGCGCCGGGAGAGAAAGGACCUUCACCCAAACAGAGAUUGCUCCACUGGAUCCAGAGUAAGUUACCAGACUUGCCUAUCACCAACUUCACCAAUGACUGGAACGACGGUAGAGCGGUGGGUGCUCUGGUUGAUGCUGUGGCUGCUGGUCUGUGUCCAGACUGGCCUGACUGGGUCCCGGCUGACUCCCUCGCUAACGCUACUGAAGCUAUGAACAUUGCUGACAACUGGCUCGGUGUGCCUCAGCUGAUCACACCAGAGGAGAUGGUGAAUCCAAGCAUCGAUGAGCAGUCCAUGAUGACUUACCUGUCCCAGUAUCCCAACUGUAAACUCAAGAGUGGUGCUCCUCUCAGACCUCGCACCAACCCUGGCAAGGUACGAUGCUAUGGGCCGGGUAUAGAGUCUUCGGGACCAGUGGUCGGGGCACCCACGAACUUCACCAUCGAGACUUUUAGUGCUGGAAAGGGAAAAGUUGAAGCCUUCUUACAAACGCCAGAUGGUCACGUUGAAACUCUGGAGUGUAAGUUCAACAAUGACAGGAACUUAACUUACACCUGCAAGUACACACCUAAGUGUGAGGGCGACUUUGUUGUCAUUGUCAAGUUUAGUGGACGAGAGAUCCCCAAAUCACCAUUCCGGGUCAAUGUGUCUGGGUUUGCAGGUGACCCCACUAAGGUCACAGCCUCAGGUCCAGGUCUGGAACCUGAGGGAGUCACCAUCAACAGACCAACAUAUUUUGAUAUAUUUACUAAGGAUUCACAAACUCCUUUGUAUGGUAACUAUGCCUUCUCUCACACUAACACUGGCCGUCGACGCUCUAGCACCGUUCUUACAAGCCCCCGUUCCCAUUUCUCCCAAUCCUCUCCUACCAUAUUAGAUGCAGGGCGAGGUACGCCAGAGGUCAUUGUGCUAGAUCCGGCCGGUCACAAGAACACGGUGCCCGUCAAGACUCGGCAGAUCAGUGACGACGUCUACCGUUGUGAGUACGUAGCUUCAGGCAUCGGUCUACAUUCCAUCAACAUCUUUUUUGCUGGCCAGUCCAUUACAGGAAGUCCAUUUGGUGUCAAGGUGUCCCCAGUGUGUGAUGCCCGGAAGGUUCGAGCCUCAGGCCGAGGACUCCAGCCCAAUGGUAUUAGAGUUAAAGAUUCUGCUGACUUCAAGGUUCAUACUGAGGGAGCUGGUGAAGGCAAUGUAGAAGUUAAAGUAAUUGGACCAGGAGGGUCCCAUGAAGUUGUGAAGGUUAAGCAGAUAGAUGCCUACACAUUUGAGUAUAUUUACCAUCCCAAGAAAGAGGGUCGCUACAUUGUUAUGGUUUCAUAUGGUGGGCAAGAAAUACCCAAGAGCCCAUUUGAGGUGAAUAUUGGACCGUACAAAGAGACCCGAAUUAGAGCUUAUGGUCCUGGGCUGAAGGGUGGUGUAGUGGGGUACCCUGCACUCUUCACUGUGGAGACUAAUGGAGAAGCAGGUGGUCUUGGUUUCAGUAUUGAAGGUCCAUCGCAGGCAAAGAUUGAAUGCAAUGACAAUGGUGAUGGAUCUGCUGAUGUACGUUACUACCCAACAGCUCCCGGGGAGUAUGCACUGCACAUUCUCUGUAGCAAUGAGGACAUCCCAGGCUCUCCAUAUAUUGCACAAAUUCUUCCCCAAACUGAUUACAACCCUGAAUUGGUCAAAUGCAAAGGUCCUGGUUUAGAAAAGAAUGGAUUAGUACCUGGACGACCAGCAGAGUUCCAAGUGGAUACGCGGAAGGCUGGUGAUGCUCCGCUGGAUGUAACAGUAAUGGACGCCAACUAUCAGCCGAUCAAGCUGGAGGCCAAAGAUAACAAGAAUGGCACAUAUGAUUUCUCUUAUAGACCAACACGAGGAAACAAACACACAGUUCAGGUAAAUUAUGGUGGGGUUGCUACUGAAAACUCUCCAUAUCGUGUGUUCGUCACUGAACCUUCAGACCCAGGAGCGGUGAAGGUGUUUGGACCAGGAGUAGAACGUGGCGUGAAGUCCAACACCCCAACACACUUCAACAUUGAUUGUCGUGAAGCUGGACCAGGUGAAGUACAGAUUGCCCUGACUAAUGCACAUGGGCAAGACAUUCCCAUAGAAAUCCAGGAUAACCGUGAUGGAACCUUCACUGUGGAAUAUUUAACAUCGUCUCCCGGAGAUCAUCGAGUAACAGUGCUCUACGCCGGCUCAGAAAUCCCUCAGUCACCAAUUGUUGUUCCUGUACAGUCACAUGUUGAUGUCACUAAAGUCAAGGUGGAUGGACUUGAACCUACGGCGCCCAUCAACUCUCUGCAGCAGUUUAGAGUCAUCACUCAAGAUGCUGGAAGGGCAGACUUCGCAGUGUCCAUCACGUCGCCCUCGGGUAUGAGAGUACGUGCUCAUGUUGUGCCUACUCACGAGGGUUACCUGGUAAAUUUCACUCCGACGGAGCUGGGAGAGUAUUUGCUGUCCAUCCAGUUUGGUGGUCAACCUAUCAGCUCAGCGCCAUACAGAUUUACCUGCACACCUGGUGGUGAUGCAUCGGCAGUCCGGGCAUGGGGGCCAGGACUCGAGGGGGGCAUAGUAUGCCGUCCAGCAGAGUUUGUCAUAGACACCCGAGAAGCUGGUCAGGGUGGCCUGGGAGUGACGGUUGAGGGCCCUUGCGAAGCAGCCAUAAAUUGCAGAGACAAUGGUGAUGGAACGUGUGCCGUGGCGUAUCUCCCCACCGAAGCCGGACCAUAUACCAUCAACAUCACCUUCAACGAGCGACACAUCCAUGGUUCUCCAUUCCAUGCUCUCAUCGCACACGACCAAGAUCUCAAACAGAUCAGAGUCACAGGCAACGGCAUCCAGCCUCAUGGCGUAUUUGUUGACUCACCGACGGACUUCAUGGUUGACACUCGUGCUCUUGCCAACCUCAAAAAAGAGACGAAAGGUAGCAGCAAGGGUGAUGGCAAAGUUAUGUGUGUCAUCACGAAUCCUUCAGGAACUCGAACUGAUUCAUUCCUCAGGCCACUCACAGAUGGCACAUACAAAAUAUCCUACACACCUUUUGAAGAAGGUCGUCACACCAUUGAUUUGCUGUACGAUGGCGUCCCUGUGCCUGGUUCUCCCUUCACGGUCAAUGUUCGACGAGGCUGUGACCCCAACAAGUGCCAAGCAUUUGGUCCUGGGCUUGACCACGGCUUUGUCAAUGAAGUCAACACUUUUACAGUUGAGACUAAAGGUGCUGGUACUGGUGGACUCGGCUUAGCUGUUGAGGGACCUUCAGAAGCCAAGAUGACUUGCAAGGACAAUAGAGACGGGUCGUGUACAGUGGAGUACGUGCCCCUCGAAGUUGGCGAUUACGACGUCUCCAUUAAAUUUGCUGAUCAACACAUUCCAGGAUCACCAUUUAAGGUAUCUGUGGACCAGAGUGUGGAUGCAUCACAGGUGGUAGUGUGGGGUUCAGGACUGGAAGCAGGCAAGGUACGAGCAGGUGUGCCUCUAACUUUCCACGUUGAUGGUUCCAAGUCUGGCAAGGCGCCCCUAGGAGUCGACAUCACAACAGAAAAAGGUUCUUUGCCAAAGAGUCCAGAUAUCCGGGAUAAUGGUGAUGGCACUUACGAUGUGACAUAUGUCCCUCAUUCCGAGGGUGCUAUGCAGACUGCCAAUAUAACAUGGGGAGGAAAGCCAGUACCUGGAAGUCCGUUCAGAUUACGCGUGAGGCCAGCAUCUGCCUCAAUAGUCAGCCCGCUUCGAAGUCCAUAUCGAACCCGUGUACGGCCAGCAGUGGAACCAAAUCGGGUGAAGGUGUCUGGGUCAGGCGUGUCGAGCAAGGGCAUCCCUGCCUCACUUCCCACCGAGUUGCUCAUAGACACCAACGAUGCUGGCAAUGGUGACCUUCAUGUGUCAGUCACUGGACCAGAUGGGCACCCACGUAAGGUGAAGGUAGUGGAUAAUGGAAAUGGAACGUUCAGUGCUUCCUAUGUGCCUGAUGACUGUGGCAAGUACAAGGUGUCGGUCAAGUAUGCCGACCAAGAGGUGGGACACUCACCAUUCCCGGUCCAGGCGUAUGCGACGGGCAAGGCUGACAAAUGCAAGAUCACAGAAGGUAUUAACCAUUCACUCACAAUAGGAGAAGAGUACUGUAUCACAGUUAAUGCCAAAAAUGCUGGCAGUGGCGCCGUCACCUGCAGAAUUCGCUCAACCUCUGGCAGUGACUUGGAUAUUGAUAUUGAGGAUAAUGGUGAUGGAACCUUCAGUAUCUACUACACAGUGAAGGAUGCUGGUGAAUACACACUCUCUGUAAAGUUUGGCGGCCAACCUGUUCCUGACGGAUUUUACUCUUUCACCGCGCAGUCAGAGGAGGAGUACCAGCAGACCCAGAGCAAGGUCAACGGUCUUGAGAGAACACCAAGUAGCGGCAGCUACCGUCCAGUUGAGCUACAUAACAUCCCUCUACCCACCACCGGCGGUCACGUCACAGCUGAGGUCAGAAUGCCUUCUGGAGAAAAGGAUCUUCCGGUGAUUGAGGACAAUCGGGAUGGUACUGUGUCUGUGCGUUACUCACCGCGUGAGGAGGGACUGCAUGAACUUCACGUGAAAUAUAACUCCGAGCAUGUCCAAGGCUCACCCUUCAAGUUCCAUGUGGACUCCAUUUCUUCUGGGUAUGUGACAGCAUAUGGUACUGGUUUGGUGCAUGGCAUCACUGGUGAACCAUGCAACUUCACCAUCGCCACCAAGGAUGCUGGUGCAGGUAGCUCCACACUACGUGGUGGUCUUUCUCUGGCUGUGGAGGGAUCUAGCAAGGCAGAGAUCUCCUGCCACGACAACAAAGAUGGUACCGUCUCUGUGUCCUACCUGCCAACUGCCCCUGGAGAAUACAAGGUAUCUGUGAAGUUUGCUGAGAAGCACAUUAAGGGUUCCCCCUACUCUGUCAAGAUCACCGGUGAGGGCCGUAAGAGGAACCAGAUUAGCGUUGGAUCCCAGUCUGAGGUGAGCCUUCCUGGCAAGGUGUCUGAUUCUGACAUCAAGAGCCUCAAUGCUUCUAUCCAGGCUCCAUCUGGACUUGAAGAGCCAUGCUUCCUCAAGAAACUCCCCAAUGGUCACUUAGGCAUCUCCUUCACGCCUCGUGAGGUGGGCGAGCACAUGGUGUCUGUGAAGCGUAUGGGCACACACAUUUCUAACUCUCCCUUCAAGAUCACUGUUGGAGAGAAGGAAGUUGGCGAUGCCUCAAAAGUCAAGAUCACAGGUAAAGCCCUGACUGAAGGUGUGACUCACCAAGAGAACCAGUUCACCAUUGACACUCGUGAGGCUGGCUAUGGUGGUCUCUCUCUCUCCGUUGAAGGCCCAUCCAAAGCUGAUAUUCAGUGCAAGGACAAUGAAGACGGCACACUGACAAUUGGUUAUAAACCUACUGAGCCUGGAUACUACAUCAUCAAUCUAAAGUUUGCUGACAACCAUGUUCAUGGAUCUCCAUUCACCACUAAGGUAACAGGUGAAGGUACAAACAGGCAGACGGAGCGCAUCAAGCGCCAGCGAGAAGCUGUCCCACUUACUGAGGUUGGAUCCCAGUGUCGCCUCACCUUCAAACUUCCUGGAAUUUCUCCAUUUGACCUGGGAGCGACAGUGACCUCACCAGGCGGUGUCACUGAAGCUGCAGAGAUCGGUGAAGUUGAAGAUGGACUUUAUGGUGUCAACUUUGUGCCCAAGGAAUUAGGCAUCCACACUGUAUCUGUAAAAUACCAGGAAAUGCACAUCCCCGGAUCUCCCUUCCAGUUCACCGUUGGUCCUCUUAAGGAUGGUGGUGCCCAUCGUGUACACGCUGGAGGCCCUGGCCUAGAGCGUGGUGAAGAGAACAUGCCCAAUGAGUUCAAUGUUUGGACUCGGGAGGCGGGUGCUGGCUCUCUGGCAAUCUCCGUUGAAGGCCCAAGCAAAGCAGAGAUUGAUUUCAAGGACCGCAAGGAUGGCUCAUGUUAUGUUUCCUACAUUGUGCAGGAACCAGGUGAGUACCGUGUUGGCAUCAAGUUUAACGACAAGCACAUCCCCGACUCCCCGUACAAGGUAUACAUCACACCAUCCAUGGGUGAGGCUCGCAAAGUAGAAAUUGCUCAGUUCCCUGACCAGGGUGCCAUGCCAAACAAGCCCCAGUCUCUCCUUGUCACCAAGAACGGUGCACAGGGCCAUCUCGACUGUAAGUUUGUGGCUCCAUCAGGUCAAGAGGAGGAUUGCUUCACAGAUCUUCUUGACAAUGACACUUAUAGCGUGCGCUUUGUGCCAAAGGAAAUUGGCAUCCACUACAUCCAUAUUAAGUUCAAUGGUAUCCACAUACCUGGCUCACCAUUCAGACUACGCAUUGGCAAGGAUGAGGCCGACCCGGCAGCAGUCUCGGCUGCUGGCAAGGGUCUAGAGGCAUGUGUGUCUGGACAGAAAACUGACUUCAUUGUUGACACUUGCAACGCUGGGGCGGGAACACUAGCAGUGACAAUAGAUGGUCCAUCUAAGGUGUCUAUGGAUUGUACAGAGGUGGAAGAGGGAUAUAAGGUCCGCUAUACUCCACUUGUGCCUGGAGAUUAUUAUAUUGCUGUCAAGUACAAUGGCUAUCAUAUAGCAGGAUCACCCUGGAAGGUAAAAUGCACUGGUGAAGCCCAUGCAGAGAAGGGCACAAUCCAGGAGUCUUCAUCUGUGGUGGUGGAGACAGUAGAAAAGAUCAAAUCAGGUGAAAAGGGACACCAGGGUCCUGUUAUCCCAAGGUUCCAGUCAGAUGCUACGAAGGUAACAAGCAAGGGUCUAGGGUUGAAAAAGGCUCACAUCAACCGCCAGAACAACUUCACUGUCAAUGCAUCUACUGCUGGUACCAACAUUCUGUAUGUAGGUGUAUAUGGCCCUAAGGCACCAUGUGAAGAGGUGUAUAUUAAGCAUAUUGGACAUAAUAAUUACCAGAUCAGUUACAAGGUACACGACAAAGGAGAUUACAUCCUCAUUGUCAAAUGGGGAGACGACCACAUUCCUGGCUCUCCCUUCGCCAUCAACGUAUAAGAUAAUCCCCUCUAAGACAAAACUAAAGCGAUAGAUUGGUUAUGUUGUUCGUGACAAGGGGGACUACAUCCUGAUUGUCAAGUGGGGUGACGACCACAUUCCUGGAUCCCCCUUCCAUGUCACUGUUUAACAAGACUUGACGAAAUAUAAUUUCACAGAUUAUAAGAAGUUAGCUCAUAAGAGGUUUUAAAAAUUGAAACAAAAAGUGACAAAUAAAAUUGGUUAUAAGGUAAUUUUUGAAAAUGUGUCCACCACUUAAAUUUGUAAUUCACUGUUUUAUUACAUUUUUUUAUAUCUCAGAACUAAUACUGCUGAUAUUGAAAUUAUUUAUAUACUGUAACUAAGUUAUUAUUUCACACAUUAACAGACGUCAUUAAUACAGUAACUGUAUGUUGACUUCAUGCACAGAAUUUUCCACUGCUUGUGUUUUCAAUCGAGCAUUUCAACAUAUCAACAACUCCAUGUAUCACAGUGUGUUCAUGCUGCUGACAUGACAGGCACGCACAGCCUCCCAUAGUGUCACAGUCGUGCCGCAAGAGUUCGUCAAUCCUGAUAAAAAUUUCAUGAGUAUAUAGGGUGCUCCUGUUAGGUUAAGGCUUUGGCUUAUACUCUUGCAUAUGCUCACAAAUAGUUAUGCCUAACCAUUGGAGAAGUUUAUUAUUGUUCCUGUUGACUUGUUGAAACUGUAAUAAACAAUCUGUAGUUUAUUUUAUCUAAAUUAUUCUAGGUACUUAAAUUUUAUUUGCUUUUAUUUGCUCUGCUACUCUACUAAAGGAUGGGAAAUGAAGAAAACUUUAAAAAUUAUGCACAAUUCAUUUUUAAAAUAUGAGAAUGCAGAAUAAAUCAUGCGACAAUCUUCAUAUUUUGUAUAAAAAAAAGUUAUGCUUGGAUUGGAGAACAGUUGUUUCACUUUUACUUAUUUUACUGUAAACUUUUAUUUUGGAUGGUUCACCCUGGAUCACUAGGACUGCAGAUCCUUCUACUCUUAAAAAUCUAAUAAAAGCUACAGUACCAUGACUGAAACAAUUCCCAACUGGCUUAUAAAUUAUUGAUGAAACUAGUUAAAGCUUUGGUCCAUCCUAGACCACCAGAACAUCACAAGUGAUGGUCCACAACAAGCAGAAAUGUUAUCUAGCUUCAUCACCAGUUUGUGAGCUAAUUGUGUAGUUAAAAUUGUUAAUAGACUUUAGUAACAAAGGUAAAUAUUACAACCAGGGAUUUGCAUUCAUAGUGAUGUUAUGAAUAGAAGUGCCAAUUCCACCUCUACUGAAGUUUCACUGUUCCUUAUUUUGCAGGAACCUUGGGGGGGGUCAAAUGUUUCUCUAAGCCUGUCUAGCCGACUGGUUCUGUAAGCUUGGUAUACAGACCCCAUGGGGGUCAUAACCCAGAAUUUUGGAAUAUUUUCUGAAAACAAAUAAAUGCUUAAAUGGGUUAA